AUGUUCAUGGAUCUUCAGAAAGCUGGGACUGGUGUUAUUUUGAGAGAUGAACAUGGGCAGGUCUUAAUGGCAGCUAGUAAAGUUGAGUUUGAGGUUGAAAAUCCAGAAGUAAUAGAGCUCCUGGCACACAAUGGUUCAGUGUUGACGUGGACACUCUAUCUUCUGAGUAAGGACUCGACCUCAUUGGUGAAAGCACAAGAGGAAGUUGACGGAGUUCUACAAGGAAAACCUCCUGCUUAUGAAGAUAUUAAGGAUCUAAAGUUCUUGACCCGCUGGAUAAUUGAGUCACUCCGUCUAUAUCCACAUCCUCCUGUCUUAUUAAGAAGAGCUCAAGUUGCUGACGUGCUUCCUGGAGCUUUCAAGGUUAAUGCUGGUCAAGACAUUAUGAUUUCUGUAUAUAAUAUCCAUCAUUCCUCACAGGUCUGGGAGAAAGCUGAAGAGUUUGUGCCAGAAAGAUUUGACUUAGAAGGCCCAAUACCUAACGAAACGAAUACAGAUUUCAGGUAUUGGAUUUUUAUAUCCUUCAGAGAUGCCAAAAGAGUUUUAUAACUUCAAUGCUGUUUU